UUUUAAGUGUUAUUGGAAUAUGGGGUGUAAAACUGGUAUAUUAUGGGUUAUAAUCGUCGGAUUUCUCUCAAUUGGUCGGGAAGGCAGUGCGCAUGCGUGCAGCCUCCCGGUCCUCAACCCGAGACAGUGGAUUCGACGUCGCGCAAUAUCCCUGCAAACCAAAAAAUAACAAAAAAAAACUCAAAAAUCAUAACUAAUUUCCUUACUAAACUGGAAAUUAAUUCCAUAGACAAGCCUAUUUACCUGCUGAUCUUCUCACUUUGAGUAUUUUAGCUGGUAAUAUAACGUGGUGAACAUUAUGUGUGGCCAUCAUAGCUCAUGUUAUUAUUUGACUUUGCGCCUCCAUGCACUCGGUGACUCCGUGUUACGUAUGUGGACCUGAUGACAGUGACAUGAACAAGUCAUAACUUGGGGUGCCGCCUGAAAGAUGGUGUCCCUGCUGGGCGAGGGCGGGCGCGCGGCGGCGGCGGCGGCGGCGCUGCGGCCGCGGCACUGGCUGCUGCUGGCGCUGGUAGCGGCCGGCAGCUUCCUGCUCCUCUCCAUCAGCAGCGGCUCCGAGCUGGUGUUCCUCGCCCCCGCGCCCGCGCCCUGGCGGCCCCCCCCGGCCCCCCCGCGCUACGCCAUCCGCACCCCCGGCUGCACCAUCCCCGACCUGCGCGCGCUCGACCCCGCCGUGCGGCCCUUCGUGAGGACCCCGCGCGCCGAGCCCUGCCGCAACUCGCAGCACCCGCUCGUGUCCCGCAACCUCACGCACCUGUGGCUCAACCGCCCCAACCUCAGCUUCUACCCCAUGCCCGACCGCGGCAACGUGACCUGCUGCUACAAGAGCUUCUACCGGCCGGCGCGCGUGGACGACGUGGAGGCGCCGGCCGACGACCGCGUGCAGUACGACGACUGCGUGUGGUUCGACGACGCCGUGGAGGUGACUCGCGAGUUCGCGCGCGUCACGUGCCUCAGCGCCGACGCCACCGUGUACGACGACUUCCACCUGUUCGCGCUCCCCCGGGAGCCCGAGCGCCGCCGGAACGACUCCGCCGCGCCCGACUACAACGUCAUCGUCAUGGGCGUCGACGGCGUGUCGCGCCUCAAUUUCCACAGAACUAUGCCUAAAACACUGGCCUACAUAAAAAGUAAGGGUGCUAUUGAACUACUAGGAUACAAUAAGGUCGGCGACAACACUUUCCCCAAUUUGGUGCCGAUGCUCCUCGGAGCGUACGACACGGACAUAGAGAAGAUGUGCUACCUGAAACGAAAGAAGACGUUCGACAACUGCCCGUUCGUGUGGGAGCAGUUCCGCAGCGCCGGCUUCCUCACGGCGUUCGGCGAGGACUCCGCCUUCCUGGGCACCUUCAACUACGGCAAGCACGGGUUCGUGACCACGCCCACCGACUACUACCUGCGCACCUUCAUCAGCGAGGCCGAGGCCACCGUCGGCAACAACGUGGACUUCAACACCGCCAUCUGCCUCGGGGACCGGUACUUCUACAGCGUGCUACUCGACUACAUCCGCGACCUGACGGCGGUCCUGUCACCGGCGAGCAGGCUGUUCGGCUUCUUCUGGGAGGUGACGAUGAGCCACGACCACCUCAACUACCCGAUGCUGAUGGACGACGACUACGAGCGGUUCUUCCGGCACGUGGACGCGAGCGGCUUCCUCAACGAGACCGUGGUGCUGUUCCUGAGCGACCACGGCAUCCGCUGGGGCGACAUCCGGCGCACCAAGCAGGGCCGGCUGGAGGAGCGCCUGCCCAUGGCCUACUGGCUGCUGCCGCCGUCCUUCCGCGCGCGCUACCCGCGGGCCGCGCGCGCGCUGCGGGACAACGCGAGGCGCCUCACCACGCCCUUCGACGUGCACGCCACGCUGGCCGACCUGGCGGACGCGGCUGCGCUCAGCGACGACAGCCUCGCGCGGAGAGCCGCCGAGGCGCGCCCCGACCGCCGCGGCAUCAGCCUGUUCCUGGACGUGCCGGGGAACCGCACGUGCGAGCUGGCGGGCAUCGCGGACCACUGGUGCACGUGCCACGCGGGCGCGCGCGUGCCGGUGCGCGGCGCGGCGGUGCAGGCGGCGGCGGCGGCGCUCGUGCGGCACGUGAACGACGCGCUGCGCGGCGCCGCGGGCUGCCGGACCCUGCGGCUGGACGAGGUGUUGGACGCGGCCGAGCUGGCGGAGCGGGGAACUGGGGGCGCGGCGGGGGAGGAGGGGGGGUGGCGCGAGCUCACGCUGGUGGCGCGCACGGCGCCGGGCGGGGCGCUGCUGGAGGCCACGCUGCGCGCGGCCGGCGCGGGCUGGGCGCUGGCGGGCGCCGUGAGCCGCCUCAACCUCUACGGGGAGCAGAGCCGCUGCGUCGCCGACCCCACGCUCAAGCUCUACUGCUACUGCUACUGAACCCACACUACUCUGCCAACCACACUGUGAUAUAAUAUUUGUAAUGUUUAGCCGCUACAUAUUCAUUCUACGAGUGCUCAAAGCGUGAGUAGGUUAGGAUACCUCGACUUAGGAAGUCAGGUGUGUGAUGAACUAUUUUAUAUUCAUGUGAGGUUUUUAAUGUUCAUAUUUAGAAAAUAGAACACGAGUACUUAUUGAUAAUUAAGUGUAAGGUGUAUAAUACCGAUGAUGUAUAAACGUACAAGAUAAAAUUUUUAAUGUCGCUUUAGUAAGAUCUUUAGGACUGACUGCUAGUGAUUGGUAAGGAACAUUAUGUAUAAUAUUCUUAGUAAUUGCUAAUAUUAUUAAAACUUGCCAUUGUGUAUACCAAAGCAUCUCUUCCAUUAUUUAAAUAUUAUUGAUAUAAUUAAAGCUGCGUACAGACCGGCCAAACGAACGUCAACGAACGGGUUUCGUUCACCUUCGUUGCUGCAAUCUGCCCUGUAUUAUGUAUGAUAAAUAUCCAUCGUUGGCCGUUCGUUGGCCGUUCGUUGGCCCAGUCUGUACGCGGCUUAAUAUAAAUGUCGUAAAUAAGCUCUAAUUGCUUGCAACAACAGUAGUGUAAUGGUAUAAUUUUCAUUAUAACCAGGGCCUCGAUCAUAGCAUUUAGAUUGGAAAAUCAUUAUACCGUCUGUAUCAUAGUAGGUAUAUAUGAGUCACUGAGAAAUAUCCAUAUAGGUACUGUAUAAAGUAGAUAGUUCAAUAGUUACAUAAAAUGAGAAGAAUCGCUCAGUAUAAAAAAUAGGUAACAAGAAAUCAAAAAGUACCUAGGUGCAGGAAAAAACCAUUAAGCAGGCAUUUAUUUAAGUAUAUCGGCAAAAGACAACGCAGCAUCGAAAAUGAAUUGGUAUCAUUGUGAUUUCUUUGCUCAGCAUUUUAUUUUAAGUAAGUACUUAUAGGUGUAUACUUGAUCUAUGAUUUUUAUUAUAAGUAGUUACUUUUAUUGUUUAGCUGUAGGCUAAGUACUUUUUAAGCUAUUUGUUACAUCAAUGUGGUGUUUAAUACCAGCUUAAAGGUAUAUUUUAUUGAAUGAAUGUAUGCAUAUUGUUUGAAAUAAUAUAAUAUUUUAAUGUUG